AUGAACGCACCAGCUGCAUUUGAGUCAUUUCUUAUAUUUGACGGAGAAAAGAAGAUUACUGUUGAAAAAGGGACAAAAGUUCCAAAUACGACGAUAUUCACUGUGAACAAAGAAGAUCAUACCCUUGGGAAUUUAUUGAAGCAUCAGUUACUGAAAGAUCCACAAGUUCUUUUUGCUGGAUAUAAGAAUCCGCAUCCAUUGGAGCACAAGUUCAUUCUGCGAGUACGAACUGUACCAGAAACGACCCCAGCAGACGCGCUCAGUAGUGCAAUUACAGAUCUUAUGGCAGAGCUCUCUUUACUUGAAGAGAGGUUCAGAGUCAUUCAUUUACUGUUCUGUUUGGUUGUAUUUAUUCUUUCUUUUCCCUUUUCCCAAGUAUUACGUGUUGACGAAAUGGCCUCAGCAGACGGAGUCCUUCCUCCUUUAUAUGUAUUUCGUGUUAAACGUAAGCGGACUGCAGACCCGCAUGAAGCAUUAAUUGUUUCAUUAAAGCGACCGCGAAUAGGUUUUCCUACUAAACCAGUUGCACCAAUGCUUUACCAGUUAGCGACCACAUCUGAAGUCCCGGAUGUUUCCACAAUCGGUAAAAUGACUCAUGGAACUCAGCUUAGUAUUAUUGACUUUGAUCCAUCAAAUCAGCCGGACGUAGCGAAUACAGAAGAGAAAGAAACCGUUGAUCAAGAAACUGGUUAUCUUCAGGCCGUAAGCGACGCGGUUGGUGAGAUUGGUCCAGAUGAGAGUUCUAAAAAGAAUGACCAAAAUACAGGUCGUGUAGUUACCUUAAAUGGCACUGCACUAAUCCCUGUAAAUGCACAAGCUGAGGAUCACAGUUUUGUCUUUGACUUUUAUUGGAACGCCAACGGAUUUAAUUACAACGCGGAUCAGUAUAUGGUGAGGUUAGCCAGACCAGAAGAGCUUGAAUUGUAUGCUGGCGAAGACACAGAAAGUAGCACAGGAGCCGAUGACGAUGAUGAUUCCAAUAGGGAAGAUAACUGGAGAAAUGAUUAUCCAGAAGAGGAAUCUGAUGACGGUUCGAAUUCAGAUACUGAUAACUCUCCCCUCGAUAGCAGCGGAUCGGAAUAUCUUGGAGAUCUAAAUGAUCAUUUUGAUAGAUGUGGUCUUUAUUUGUCAGAUAACUACAGUUCUGAUUGA